AUGACACCCAGCAUUCAGACCGCCCAGCCGGCAGAAUCGGACGGGGCCUCGCCGCCCGUGUUGACACCCGUCGUGGCCACCUCAACCUCGCUGUUGAUCGACCUUUCUGAUUCUGACACCGACAAAGCUUUCACUACUCCUCCCAGUCAUUUCAUUCAAACUAUAAAGAUGGCUGACCGUUUCCCUUCUCUGGAGGACUUCUCUGAGGGCCAGACCGAAGUGGCCGAUGGCCAGCGCGCCUCCGAAGAUGACUUCCUUGCCCGUGAGCGUGCUGCUCUCGGUCAAGAUGCAGACCAAUUCGCUACCCCUCAAGACCACGUUGGCGAUGAUGAGAACAUCAACGCGGGGAACGACCUACUAGGCGGAGAUGACGGUGAGCCCGUGGAGGAGAUUGGUCAAUUCGAGUCGUCUUUCCCCUCAAUGGAGACUCAGGCACAGAACGAGCGCGUUGCCCCUGGUGGUACCAUUACUGGCUCCGGCUCUCCCUUCCCCCCUACUGGCUACCAGAGCACUCAGAAUGAUGAGGACGAGGGUCCGUUUGUCCGUGAAUGGCGUGAGAAGCGUGACGCCGAGAUCGCCCGCCGUGAGGAGAUCGCCGCCGAAAAGAAGGCCGAGAGAAUCGCAAAGGCCAAAGAGGACAUUGAUGCUUUCUACCUUUCCUACAACAACAAGGCCGACAAGGGCCGCGCCCAGACCCGCACCGAAGCCGAGCAGUUCCUUGCCAACCGAGAGGAUACCUCCGCCGGAGGCACAAGCUGGGAGCGCAUUGCUAAGCUGGUUGAUGUUUCGGGCAAGGGCUCCGCAGGCGGUGCCAGCGGCUCCGGAAAGGAGCGGUUCCGCGAGUUGUUGAUCGAGCUCAAGAAGGAUCAGGAAGCACCCGGAGCCAGUGGAAUCUAG